AUGGCGCCCCUCACUCAUCCCUCCGUCCAAGAUGGCUGGUUCCGCGAGAUCUCAUCACAAUGGCCAGGACAAGCCAUGACCUUAAAGGUCAACAAGAUUCUGCACAUCGAGAAAUCUUUGUACCAAGAUGUUCUAGUUUUCGAAUCGGAGACAUAUGGAAACGUUCUUGUUCUUGAUGGCGUUAUUCAGUGUACCGAACGCGAUGAGUUCUCAUACCAAGAGAUGAUCGCCCAUCUCCCGCUUGCGAGCCACCCGAACCCUAAGAAGGUGCUCGUUAUUGGCGGUGGCGACGGAGGGGUUGUCCGUGAGGUUUUGAAGCACGAUACUGUUGAACAAGUUGUGCUAUGCGAUAUCGAUGAGGCCGUGGUGCGGGUGUCAAAGCAAUACCUCCCACACAUGUCUUCCCUUCUCGCCUCCCCAAAAGUGACCGUCUUCAUUGGCGACGGCUUCAAGUUCCUGGCGGACAACGAAGCCACAUACGACGUUAUCAUCACGGACUCUUCCGAUCCCGUCGGUCCAGCUGAAUCUCUCUUCCAAAAACCAUACUUCCAGCUUUUGCACGACGCGCUUACCCCUGGCGGACACAUCUCCACACAGGGCGAGUGCCUCUGGCUGCACCUUCCGCUCAUCAAAGAGCUACGAGAGAUGACGUCCAAGUUGUUCGCUGUCUCUGAAUACGCGUAUACUACGAUUCCUACCUACCCUUCGGGCCAGAUUGGCUUCAUCGUCUGCGCCAAGGCCCCUGGACGGGAUUUGAGGACUCCGGUUAGGGAAGUGAAGGAGACUAAGUACUAUAACGCCGCACUUCACUCCUCUGCCUUUAAGCUCCCAGAGUUUGCGCGUGUUCUUCUUGAGGAGGGCAAGGAUAUCAGGCCCACUUUCGGUCGGGCUGCCGCUGCGCUUGCCUCGAAGAAGCCCGUGAAAAAGGUCCUUCUUCUUGGUAGCGGGUUCGUCGCUCGCCCAUGCGCUGAAUACGUUGUCCGUGAUCCUUCUAACGAGCUCACGAUUGCUUGCCGCACGCUAGCGAGCUCCAAGGCUCUGGGAGCCGAUCUCCCCAGCACAACUGCCAUCUCACUCGACGUGAACAAUCCCGAAGCUCUAGAAGCUGCCGUGGCCGCUCACGAUCUCGUCAUUUCGCUCAUUCCGUACACAUACCACGCUACGGUCAUCAAGGCGGCAAUCAAGGGCAAGACCAACGUCGUCACCACCAGCUACAUCUCUCCAGCCAUGCGGGAGCUCGACGCCGAAGUCAAGGCUGCUGGUAUCGUUGUCUUGAACGAGAUUGGUCUUGACCCCGGUAUUGAUCAUCUCUACGCCGUUAAGACUAUCGACGAAGUCCAUGAGAAGGGCGGAAAGAUCAAGCAAUUCCUCUCUUACUGUGGUGGUCUUCCAGCACCAGAAUGCGCUGGAAACCCGCUCGGCUACAAAUUCUCCUGGUCCUCCCGUGGCGUCCUCCUCGCCCUGCUCAACUCUGCUUCAUAUCUCUCCAAAGGCGAGCAGCUGAACAUCUCGGGUCAAGAAUUGAUGGGAUAUGCUCAACCCUACUUCAUCUCGCCUGCAUUCGCGUUUGUCGCAUACCCCAAUCGCGACUCGGUUCCUUUCAGGGAAUACUACAAUAUUCCUGAAGCGGAGACUGUCGUUCGCGGUACGUUGAGGUAUCAGGGAUUCCCUGAGUUCAUCAAGGCUCUUGUUCAACUUGGGUGGCUUGAUGCUGGUGAGAAGGAGUGGCUGAAGGAGGGCUUGACCUGGGCUGAGGUUAUGCAGAAGACCAUUGGGGCAAACGAUGCUCAGGAAAGCGCCCUCGUGGACCGCGUCAAGGCCAUCUGCAACUUCCCCAAUGAAUCUGAGACCAACAGGAUUAUCUCGGGAUUACGCUGGAUCGGUCUCUUCUCUUCAGACAAAGUCACCCCUCGUGCUGGCAACCUUCUCGACACACUUUGUGCUCAACUCGAGACGUUGAUGAAAUACGAGCAGGGUGAGAGGGAUCUCGUCAUGCUUCAGCACAAGUUCGUCGUGGAAUGGAAGGACGGAUCUGAGCAAAUUCUCACAUCCACGCUCGAGGCAUACGGAAGCCCUACAGGUCACACCGCGAUGGCGUUGACGGUGGGUUUACCAUGCGGUAUUGCUACCCAACUCGUCUUGGACGGCGUCCUCUCCACUCCGGGUGUCCAUGCGCCAUAUACCAAAGAGAUCUGCGAUCCCAUUCGUAAGAUUUUGGAGGCUGAGGGGUUGGGCCUUGUGGAGAAGGUUUUGUAGAGGAGAGAGAGUUACGACGAAGAAGAAAAUUUUAUGUAAAGUGUAUCUAGAUCUAUAGAUGAUACUAGCCAAUAUA